UCAUUUCUUACACAGAAACCAUAAUCAUUUCUCUCUAAAACUCUCUGAUUCAAAUUGCUUUAAUCUUCAACGCUUUUGAUAUGCCAAGAAAAGGUAUGAGAACCGUAUUCUUCCGGCCAUCUUCUCCGAUGCCAUCACCGCCGCAUCGCCAUACUUUCUCUAAUACAUUAGUAGAUGAGAACAUUGACAAUGCCCGUGUACUCAUUUCAAAGUGGGACUCUGAUUCUACAGUGUCUUCUCUUUUCACCCAUAAUCGCCUAGAAGCCGAGCAAUAUCUCAACUCUGUCAAACAAUUACACUCUGCUAUGCAAUAUUACAUCAUUGAGAAUUCUGCUUCUGAAAUGCUCGUUCGAGCUCAAAAUCUCAUGCAAAUUGCUAUGAAGCGACUUGAGAAAGAGUUUUACCAGAUCUUGAAGUUUAAUCGAGAUUAUCUUGACCCUGAAUCGGUUUCAAGUCACUCUUCCAGAGCUUCAAGAUCUAGUGUUUCAGAUUUUGAAGAUGAAUCCGAGGAUGAGUCGUCAAGAUUAAGCGACUCUGUUUCUGAAGUGGAGCGAGUUUCUAUGGUUGCCAUGGCGGAUUUAAAGGCGAUUGCAGAUUGCAUGAUUGGUUCUGGUUAUGGGAAAGAGUGUGUGAAGAUUUAUAAAAUUGUUCGAAAAUCAAUUGUUGAUGAAACUCUAUAUCAUCUUGGAGUUGAGAGAUUGAAUUUCUCGCAAAUUCAAAAGAUGGAUUGGGAGGUAUUGGAAUUGAAAAUCAAGAACUGGUUAAAUGCGGUGAAGGUGGCAGUUAAGACGUUGUUUUAUGGAGAGAGGAUUCUCUGUGAUCAUGUCUUCUCUGCUUCUGCUUCAAUAAAAGAGUCAUGCGUUGCUGAGAUUACAAGAGAAGGUGCCUUGACCCUGUUUGGAUUCCCGGAAAAUGUAGCCAAGUGCAAGAAAACUUCAGAGAAAAUGUUCCGCACUCUCGACCUCUAUGAAGCAAUAGCAGAUCUCUGGCCGGAGAUUGAGUACAUUUUCAACUACGAAUCAACCUCCGCCGUCCGGUCACAGGCCGUUAACUCCCUAAUACGGCUCGGUGAGACCACACGUAUCAUGCUAACAGACUUCGAAAUGGCUAUUUCCAAAGACAAUUCCAAAUCGCCAGUACCUGGAGGUGGGGUCCACCCGCUCACACGUUACGUAAUGAACUACAUUGCUUUUCUAGCUGAUUACAGCGGUAUCUUAUCUGAUAUAGUCGCCGAUUGGCCGUUAACGGUGUCGUCUCCAUUGCCAGAAUCUUACUUCAGCAGCCUCGAACAUGAAGACGGCACAUCCGCGGCGAUUUCCGUACGGUUGGCUUGGCUCAUUCUCGUUUUACUAUGUAAACUUGACGGCAAGGCCGAGCUUUAUAAGGAAGUAUCUCUAUCGUAUCUGUUUCUCGCCAAUAAUCUUCGGUACGUGGUUAACAAAGUUCGAAAAUCAAGCUUGAAAUUCCUCAUCGGCGAGGAUUGGAUCAUGAAACACGACGAGAAGGUGAAACAAUACGCACAAAAUUACGAGCGCAUGGGGUGGAGCGAGGUUUUCUCUUCGUUGCCGGAGAAUUUAGAGAUAAGGAUGACGAUUCACGAAACGGCAGAGCGUUUCAAGAGAUUUAACUCAGCUUUCGAGAAGGCGUACAAAAAACAGACUUCAUGGGUGGUACAGAACAGCAAAUUGAGUGACGAGAUUAAAGUUUCGUUGGCGAAAAAACUGGUGCCGAUAUAUCGGGAAUUUUACGAGAAGUAUGGAGAAGUUGUAAGGAGGGAAAUCGGAAGCCCCAGAAUUGUCAGAUUUGCCCCUGAUGAUUUGGGGAAUUACGUGUCGGAUUUGUUCUUUGGGACCGCGGGCGGUUCUGGGAGUAUUUCUUCGGCUUCGUCAACGACAUCGUUUUCCCCAUGGUCGGGUCACUCUCAAGGUGGGAAGAGUCGUUGAGGACCGCCCAGGUAUAAUUUAGGCACGUGCUUUUUUCUCAUAUUAAAAAAAAAGGGGAAUAUUUAGAAAGGAGCAUGUACAUUAUUAUUAUUUUUUUUUUUCUCAAAGAGCAUGCACAUUAUUUGAGAUAUUGUAAAGGCUUACCUAAUAAUCAAAAUUCUUUCAAUUUUUUGUUACCUUAAAUAAAUAAUUAUGCUUUAUUUGUUUGAUUAACAAAUAAAUUCCGUAAUUAAUUAAAAUUAAUUAUAUAAUUACAGGGAAAGCAUGGGGUAAUAAAAUGAUUAAAUCGUUAAUUAAAUAUAUAUAUAUACAUAUAACAGAUCUAAAAUUUAUAUGAAAAAAUACUUUAAAAAACUAUAAAAAGAUAAAGAAAAGGAUGAGAGUCAAAUUAGGCUCAAAUACAUUAGCCCAAACAAAAGGCAAGGAGACGAGGCCCAUGAAAAAAAAAAAAAAAAAAAAGGAGAA